UUCUUUACUAUUCUCUUCAAAAAAAUUUCAAAUUUAACUUGGAUGCAAGAAAUUUAAAAAAAUUUUCCGCAAACGCAAUCCGCAAUUGCGUGCUGUUUUGUUUACUGGUCCACAAAGAAUUCAACAUUGGUACAUCUUUUACAAUUUUAGCAUGAUAAUUAGUGACCGGGGCCCGGACCGGAUCCGGCCGGAUUUUCCCGGAGUCCGGGUCCCAAAUCCGGGUUUUUUUUAAAUUUCCGGAUUAAAACCGGACCGGAUUAAUCCGGAGAAAUCCGGCCGGAUCCGGUCCGGCUCUAGAAAGUGUCGACUCUCAUGGGUUAUGUUGUGUAUUUUUCUAUCGUAACUUUGCUGAUUUCACUCAGCCUGGUAUUGUGAUGUGCCUGGGUUCGAAUACACUAAAAACUAAACUGUCAUUUUGUCUGAAAAGUUUUAUUCCCUUAAAAAUGUACUGAAAUAACAAUUUUUUAUUAAAAUUUAAGAAAAUGAUCAACACCUUAAAAGAACGAAAACGGCAAUUUGGAUUUUAUACGGAUAAAUAUAAUUGGCACGAAAUUACAGGAAAUACUAGAAAAUAUAACGAUACUCCACUUAUUUACUUCCAUUUGGAUGGAAAAAACAAUUUUGAUGAUUAUAAUGAAUAUGGUUAUCCAUUUGAUGGUUGGGAAAAGCCUACAAUGAAGGAAUAUGAAAAUGAAAAAGCUUGUGGAAUAGAUUUUGGUAAUAUAAAAAAGAUAUAG